ACCUACACCUGGUUCUGCGCAAGCACGCGGCGGCACCGCCAAGCAAUCGUCUCAUCUGCUCCACCUCCACCCCAUUUAACGCACUCUCCCCAGCCUCCACUCUCCGCUCCCUCCUUCGCGGCGGCACGGCAGAGGCCAUUAACGCCGCUGCGGCGAGCGCCGAGAGGAAAUGGGCGGCGACGGGGACGGCACGAGGGCGCUGGACCAGACGCCGACGUGGGCCGUGGCCGCCGUCUGCGCUGUCAUCGUCGCGGCAUCCAUCCUCCUCGAGGGCCUCCUCCACCACCUCGGCCAGUUGCUCAACAAGAAGCGGAAGAUAGCGCUGUUCGACGCUCUGGAGAAGGUUAAAUCCGAGCUGAUGACUCUGGGGUUCAUAUCGCUGCUGCUGACCGUGACGGGGAGGUACAUAGCGCACAUCUGCAUCCCGGAGGGAGCCGCCAACACCAUGCUGCCCUGCCGCCGUCAGUCCGGCCACUCGGAGGCGGAGGAGCCCGAGGACCAUGGCCGACGGCACCUGUCUGAAGAUCCCACCAACCUUUUUUCCUGCCCCAAAGGCAUGGUGUCGCUUGUUUCAGCCGACGGCAUGCAUCAGCUGCACAUUUUCGUCUUCUUCUUGGCCGUCUUCCAUGUUACCUUCAGUUUCUUCACAAUGUCCCUGGGUAGAGCAAAGACUCGUAUAUGGAAGGUGUGGGAAAAGGAAACUUGCUCCCCUGAGUAUAAUUAUUUAAAUGACCCCUCAAAGUUCAGGCUCACGCACCAAACAUCUUUUGUGAGGCAACAUGCAAGCUGUUGGAGCAAAAGCACAAUCACUCUCUAUUUUGUGAGCUUCUUUAGGCAGUUCUUCCGAUCUGUUCGGAGGACAGACUACCUUACUUUACGACAUGGAUUCAUUUCUGCUCAUUUAUCUCCGGGGACUAGGUUCAAUUUUCGAAAGUACAUUAAAAGGUCCUUGGAGGAUGAUUUUAAGACAGUUGUUGGCAUUAGUCCACCGUUAUGGGCUUCUGCUUUGGCUGUCAUGCUCUUCAAUGUUCAUGGAUGGCACAACUUAUUCUGGUUCUCUACAAUUCCCCUUGUAGUGAUUCUAGCAGUUGGAACAAAGCUGCAGGCUAUAAUUGCUAUGAUGGCUAUUGAAAUUACAGAGAGGCAUACAGUUAUUCAAGGCAUGCCAGUGGUAAAACUGAGUGAUGAUCAUUUCUGGUUCGGGAAGCCUCGUUUGGUUCUCCACCUCAUCCAUUUCGCAUCAUUUCAGAAUGCAUUUGAAAUUACAUAUUUCUUUUGGAUUUGGUACGAAUUUGGCCUGAGGUCCUGCUUCCAUGACAACUUUGAGCUUAUCAUUGCAAGAGUCUGCCUUGGAGCUAUCGUCCAAUUUAUGUGCAGCUAUAUCACCCUUCCACUCUAUGCCCUUGUGUCUCAGAUGGGUUCACAAAUGAAGAGAACAAUUUUCGACGAGCAGACAGCAAAGGCCCUGAAGAAAUGGCACAAGGCCGUGGUGAAGAAGAAGCACCACAACAAGGGUUCAUCUCACGACUCCUCCGAGACCCCUAGCACGGACACAGCAACACCGGCGAGGGAGGCGGGCGAGUGGCAGCGGCUGCACGACGUGCCGGUCCGGCACCUCCACCGGUACAAGACCAUCGCGCACGUCGGCGGCGCGAGGAGCCCGCUGUCGGACUCGGACUACAGCGACACGGACGACACCGAGCCGCUGUCGUCGUCGCAGACGAGGCACCUGAUACCGCCGGCGAAGCAGCGGAGCCUCGACACCGAGCGCGCGGAGGUGCGCGUGGACGUCGUAGAGACGGUGGCGGCGGUGGCGCCACGCGACGUCCUGCAAGACAGCUUCUCGUUUCCAAGGCUGCUUCCCCCUCGCCAUGUGCCGGACAAGUGAAGUGAACACCGGCCUGCUUAGAACUAAGACUGUCUUAUAUAUAGGGAUAAUUCAAUAGUAGUUUCAAAGUAUAAGUGCUUUUGGUUUUUCUGUGCUACGUCUAUGUAGCAAAGGUUAUGAAUUUAGAAAAGCCAAAAGGAUUUAUUAGUUUGAAAUGGAGUAAUAAUAAUAGUAUAGUAGACUAGUAGUCGAAGCUAACCUACAUGAGAGAUAGUGUUUUCUAGUCGAUUUUUAGAUGAUCGUAAUCCAGAUUCUUAGUAUAGGUGCCUGUAAGUGAUGUCUGGAUUGAUGAGUGUUGAGUGGGAAUGUUUCUUUUUCGGGCUAAUUUUCUUGGACGCUAAGUGAUUGCACGGGACAGUAAAGCCGAGUGAAAUCGGUGGAGCCUUCACUUAGAGGGCACUUUUGCUGCACUGCACGCCUGUACCUUCAAACUGAGCAAUGAUACUGAUAGGCAGAGGAGCUGAAUAAGAAGCUAAGGUGAUACUGCUGCUGCUAAUCAUCCA